AUAGUUUUUCAACUAGUGAUAAUCAUGAAUCGGAUAAGAAAGGUGCUUCAAGCCGUUUUCUUUUUAUUACAUCUAGGCUUCUGGAAUAAAAACAAUGUUGAAGGAAACCAAAAGUACUAUGUAAACAGUCCAGUUUGCCAGAUGCCCGCCGUAAACCCCUUUACGUGGGAUACCAUGAUUGACUUCCACAAGAAAAAGCUGAGACAUUGCCACAACGACAGCGAUAUGGUUACAAGCGAAUUCGAUUUUGAGACACAUCAGUACCGAUUGCAUAUACACGAGCACCUGGCCAAGCCCAUUCUGAAAACAAAGGGGAAGGCCACCAUUAAGUGCGAGUACCGGGAGGUAUCGCGAGAUAACUCCGUCAAGAAACCAGACAACUCCUAUAAGGAGUACCGAAUACGACCUUUCAGGAACCACCAGUUUGUUCCGAAAAAUAUAAACUUCAUGAUCAGCAAAUGCUAUGUGAAGGAUGCCAGGAACCACCAAAAGGUGCUCCAAACGGAUGCCGUUUCUUUCAUUGAAGACCGCCUGCCAAAGAAAAAGGUGGACGACUUUGUGAGGAAACAGAGUGUGGAGCGCAAGCCGAGUGUCUUUAUAAUGGGACUGGACUCCACGUCGCGGAUAAACCUCCGGCGAGCGAUGCCUUUGGUGCACAAGUUCGUCAGCCAACCCGGAUGGUUUGAAAUGCAGGGCUACAAUAAGGUGGGCGACAACACCUUUCCCAAUCUUCUGGCCCUGCUUACGGGAGAUUCCGAAGAAGGAGUAAAGCACUUCUGUGAUGUAAAGAAACCCGGUUGUCUGGACACUCUUAACUUUAUUUGGAAGCGUUUCAAACACGCCAACUAUACCACAGCCUUUGCCGAGGACUGCCAGGCUAUCAGUACUUUCAACUAUCUGAAACCGGGUUUCGUAAAGCAGCCCACUGACUACUAUCUGCGUCCCCUGCUCUUGGCCAUCGAAAAACAGUUCAAGGUGACCAGUGACUAUGGUUACCCCUUCUGUGUGGGUCGUCACCUCAGCUUCAGCUAUGUCUGGGACUUUGGCCAGCAGUUCAUCGAUCGCUUCCUGGGCAGAACCCCGAUGUUUGGAAUGAUCUGGAGCAAUAGCUUCACGCACGAUUACUUCGAGGCAGCCACGGCCUUGGAGCCUCUCUUCUUGAAGUACCUAAAGUCCUUCGAGGAGUCGGGUCUGUUUAGGAAAUCGAUAGUGAUUUUGAUGAGUGAUCAUGGCCAUCGGUAUAACACCUUGAGACUGGCUUCUACUGGGUAUUUCGAGGAGCGAAUGCCCAUGAUGUUUAUCCAUUUGCCGACAUGGUUUCAGAGGAAAUAUCCCCAUUUUGCGAGAAAUCUGAAGACUAACCAGAACCGACUGUCCUCCAACUACGAUGUGUACAUGACUCUGCUGCAUUUGCUCCACUUGGAUAAGAAAUCCGUGGCUGAUUUUCCGCAUAGUCUCAGGGCAAGGCAGUGCAAGACUUGUCAAUCGCUACUUUUGGAGCUGCCCUUCAAUCGCACCUGCCAAAUGGCCGGAAUUCAGGAGAAAUGGUGCUGCUGUCAGCCCACCAAAACGGUCACUAAUUCCCCUUUUGUGCAGGAUAUAGCCAAGGCGAUUGUGCAGCAAAUGAAUGAUCACUUAAUUAGCCAUGAUCUGAGCGACCUUUGCCACGACUUUACCCUGGAAAGUGUGGAAAAAGCAGACCGCAAAAGCAUCCUGUCCACAGGCCUUAAGCCGGCGGAUAAGGACGAACACGUUUACAUAAUUGUUUUCAAAACAUCUCCGAAACAUCCCCUUUUCGAGGCCACUGUCCGUUGGAAUAGCCGCACUCAGAAGCUAAAAUACAUAAAUGUGGAGGAUCUCAGUCGGUUGAGUUCGUACAAAAACGACGCCAAUUGCAUAAAUAUAAAGAACGCCAAGAAAUACUGCAUUUGUAAGGACAGCUUAAAAAAACCUAGUGAAGCCUAACACAAAAAUUGUAAAAAUAUAUUAAAGAUCCGAAAUUUGUUUAAA